AUGUUCUCUUCGAUCAAUGUACGUCCGACACGAGUGCCUGAGGAAAUGAACCUAUCGCGUAGGCAAAGGAACUCAACAACGAGACAUGUCGAAUGCCAAUCUGCGUUGGAUGUCAUGUCGCUGAAGUCGCCCGUCGCCUGCAACAGUUAUAUAAAAUGCAACGGCGACGGUGCAUUCAGCAGGACCGUUUCGUCGGGAAAGGACGACGACGUACUCGUUACGCUAGGAAGCGAGCUGGAGAACGCGGCUCGCCUGUCGUGGAACGCCUUGCCGUCUUCUAGUGCCUUUUCGACGACUGAUCGAUGCUCGCCGAGCCAGGAACACGAUUGUCCCGCGUACAAUUACAGUACAAUGAAGCACCACCGAAGUCGCAGUCCUAGACGAGAGUGCGACGCGAGGAUAUUCUCACAUCUAUUUUCGUCAGUUUACUCGAUAGCAGGGAGCUGCUAUCACCGCGUGUUCCGGCCACAAAAUCUCUGGAGACACGAUUACCGAUGGGGUAUCGACUUGCCACGAAUAUUUUUCUGUUUCAUUUGCAUUCUCUUCUUUAUGAUGCGUAUAACAGUUUACGCGGAUCACGUAGACUUUAUAGAUGACUUGGAUAUAGAUACGCGCACACCCAUAAGUAAACUACCCUGUGGACAGGGUCUGUCAACACCGGGAGUGACUAGACCGUAUGGUGACAUUAACAUCGAGUAUGGCACGAAACCGCUGAGGAUCAUGUGUAUAUUAGACCCGGAACGCGUACGUGAAAAGUACCCGGGCAAAACCUCCGCGGAUCUCUAUUUCUUACGUGAAUUUGACUUCGUAGACAAAAAGUACAUCACCAUAAUCAACGAAACGGCGAUAUUGCUGGAGAUACGAAAUCCGGAGCCCUCCAAAAAUCUUUAUACUUGCGGCUUACGUGUAGACGACAAUGACGAACAUAACGUAGCAGUUUGUCUCAACGAAGUUGCGAUUGGACACAGACCUUCAAAACCGGAAAACUUCCAUUGUGUGUCCAAUAAUUGGGAGAAUCUGCGUUGCUCGUGGAAACCAGUGCAGAAUUUUGUGAAAACCACGUACAACCUGACCUUUACAUUGCCUGGCAAACGUAGCCGGAAACUAUUUCCUUGUCCGAAAGAUAUAAACGAAACAAGCAAAGCUGAUGCAAGACAAAUUAUUGCCCCGACCGAUAAAAAUUCGUGCUAUUGGGACACGAAGACCAAUCCCAUUUACAGACAACCAUAUGAGACGUACACCUUUAUAUUGUUCGCGUACAAUCCUUUCGAGAACACCAGCUUCAUGUAUAAAGUAGAUCAUUUCUCGAACGUUAUUCCACACAGCCCAACGGCGUUGCAUAUAACCAAUAUAACGCUGAACGGCGCGAGGCUAAUAUGGAGUCUGCCCUUCCCAUUACAAAACCUUCCAGUCGGCGUGCAUCACAGAAUUAUGUAUCAGAAUCAAUUACAUAGCAAUAGCAAAAAUGCUACUUGGACGGUUAUCAAUAUUACUGACAAGAUUCGUGAGGAACACAAAGAUUACAACUUUACCGAUCUAAAUUGUGGCUUCUGCGAGUUUGAUGUCCGCAUUCUUUUGAAGAGCGCUUCAGCUCCAGAUGUAGAACAUAUGUGGAGCAAACCCGGUAUUAUUAAGUUCAGAACAGCGUCAAGCACGCCGAGUUAUCCGCCGCGAACUGACAUCGGUAGCUUUGAGAUCACAGAAAUCGAUGACAAGAGCAGGGACGUGUUCUUGUACUGGCAAAGGAUACCUCAGAACCACGAAAACGGGGAGAACUUUAUGUACGAGGUCGAUCACGUAGAGAAGAACGGCAUCAAUAGUCCAUAUUUCAAAAAUAAAAAUUCCACCGUCGCGUUUAUCAAGUACACCAUCACAACAGACAGCAAAUAUUUAUUCAGGGUCGCGUCAAGAAAUGAAGUAGGCCCCAGCAACGGUCGCUCCGAACUAAUCGUACCAACUCAAACCGAAAUCUCCUCACUUGAACCGAAUGCCUUUACAAAAAUUGCUUACAACGAGACUCUGUACGAGUUGUCUUGGAAGCCGCCAGUCGUGAAGAACAUCAAGAAUUACACGAUCUACUGGUGCGAAGACACACGUGAUCGUCCUUACCAAUGUACUGGUUAUUUGGAUUGGGUACACGUGCCGAAAAACACUACCAUGUACAACGUAACUGUGUCUAAUCCGUCCAAGGUAUAUCAAUUCGCGAUCUCCACGAACACCGAGCAGAUUAGUAGCGGCAUGGUGUGGGCUUCGUGUACGGUGAUACAUAAUAAAGUGACUAGUAAAAUGAAAGACGUAUGGAUCAACAGCAUCGGUUCGAGAUCCAUUGAAGUCGGUUGGAAGUUGGACUGUUCGGAUCGUGUCGGCAUCAUCGACGGCUUCAACAUCUAUUACUGUCCUAUCGUAUCGCCGUACAAGCUGCAAUGUCAAGAAAACACCAAGAAGAAUAUUACUAUCGUGGCCGGACCGCAUACGAUACACGGUACCGCUCGCGAGCUACAGCCGUAUACCACAUACAUGUUAUACGUCACAGUCUUGACUAAGUUCGGCGAGGGUACUAGCAGUGAUGUUCUGUACAACACCACUCUCGAGGACGCGCCUAGCACCCCGCCGCAAGACCUGCAAGUUGUGAACGUGACAAAUACAACGAUCAGUCUCCAAUGGAAACAACCUAAGGAGAUGAACGGUGUACUGCGAUACUACGAGGUGCAAUACAACAACGGUCAAAAACAGUUAAGAGUUGAGGAACUCAGUAUCGAACUGACGAAUCUGGACCCGUACACCAUAUACAACAUCUCCGUUCGCGCCUGCACUAUAUCAUGCAGUAACCUAACAUCGGUAGUGCAGCUCACAGAGAUCGGCGUGCCUGGCAAGAUAAACAAGCCUUAUUCGUACUUCACGAACGGCAGCGAGACUAUCCUUAAGUGGAGUCCACCAAAGAACAGCGGAGGUCCGGUGCAUUAUUACGAGAUACUACUGCACGACAACAAUCACAUUCAACGCACCAACGCAUCAGAGAUACAACUAUCUAUACCUAACUGCAAGGAUGUCGACGAUCCGCAGAAGCCAUUCUAUUUCUUCCGUGUCAGAGCUGUUAACGUCGUUAAUGAAACGCUGUUGAAAGGGCCCUGGUCUAGUGCAGUAGGUUUGGACUGUCAUUCCGACGGACCGUCCUUUGCAGCAUGGCUCAUAAUAUGUAUCACCAGCAUCAUCGGCAUCGGAGUUCUCUUUGGUUGUCUUGUAUACAGUUCCAGAAGGAUAUGGUCGAAGUGUAGAGCAAUGCAAGACGUUGAAGUGAAACUACCGCCUGGACUCGCUCCGAACAUAAAAUUGCUCCCGAACGUAGGCGAACAGCAUAUGCGACAACCGUCCGCCGAUUCCAGCGGCUGUUCCAGUGCUCAGGACUCCGUCACCUCCUCACUCACGACCAACUCUCAGGUUUCGAAUGACAGCGGCACAGACAUGGCAUCCGAUCCGGCGUCGCCCGACAAGCUGCUGGAUUCACUGCCGAGUUGGGAGUCGAAGAGAGCGAGACAGAAGAACGUGGGCAAUGCGCGGUCGACGGAGAACGCCCAUUGGGAGUCGUAUGUGAAAGUCGCCAAAUCCGGCGAGCCGAUGCUGGGCGAGACACUGUCUCUGACGCGCUCCACACCUAAUUUGACGGAGAGCGCGGGUUGUACCACGUCGCAGCAUACAUGGUCCUCUACCGGCUACAUCAGCAUGCCGUCUUCCGAGGAAGCUUCAUCUAACCCCAGCCCGGUGCCGAGGGAGAAUGCGUUCGCUGCGCCCAUCCCCGGUAGUAUUGCCAACUACAGCGUCGUCGGCUCUAUGCCCAAGCCCGUGCAGGCCAAGCCCGAGGACUCAGUAGUCGGCAGACCAACCGUCACCGUCGGCGACGCUCUUAUAACUCUUCAAGCGGAAACGGCGAAGUCCUCGAAGCCAUACAUCGCGUUCUCCGCGUUAGACAAGAAACUGAAGAAGCCGAAGCAUGCGAUCGAUUCAUUAGACUUGGACGAACUGACGUUCGUCGAGCCAGACAAGUGUAAUAACGCGGACGCGCAAGCGCCGUCGCAGUUGGACCACGAUGCUGACAAGAUCUCCAAACCAUACGUACAGACCGGUCUGAUCGAAACUCUGGAGAAACAGUACCUUCUCAACCCGAUCGUCGAAACCAAAAGAAACUUGCUGUGCGGUUCCUUCAUGUCGCCAGCCUCCCACAGCAAGCCCUUCGUGCCGACGUCGUUUUGGCCGACCUCCGAAUCACUGACAGAGUUGCCUUCCUCGUCGGCGAAACCAUACGUCGCCGUGUCGUCGAUCUCGGAGGAGAUGGCGGCGCCCUCGCUGACUCAUGCUGCCAAUGAGUCUUCGCCACGGAGGCCCUACGUCCAGCACGCAAUUCCUGCUGCGUCGAGCGAGACCUCGUCCAAGCCGUACACGCUCGCGAGCUCCAUACGGUCGUUGCAGCUGCAACGGGGAAAGGCGGAGCUGUGUGCGAGAGGGACGAGCGACGAGAAGAAGAAGGUCAACGCCGACGACAAGAGUCCAAGUGUCAAGGUAGAACCGAACAGGUCGGUCUUCGCCAAGCAGACUGGCUACGUCACAUUCGCCGAGAAUCCCUUGGGCAAACUGAAGCCGACUCCGACGCCGUCUCAGAAGCAGCUGGAGAAGUCGUCGCAGCAGACACCGGCGACGACCAACCACUUGGCCGACGGGCAGUACAGUAAGGUGACGGUUGUGCCAAGUACAAUGUAGUGAACGAACGACAGACUCGCGCGUUUUUCUCCUCCUCACGAUGAACGAGCCAGUCGCUGUGCUGGCGCGUAAAACGAACGAAAUAAGUGCGAUCGCGAUGAGUUGCGACGGCGUGCGUAUCAUCUCGACCGAGUUACGUUCGUAGUCGUCGUCGUCGCGACUCAAGACCGAUCUUGACACGCGAGAUGUCGAAGGACCGUGGGCGUUGAGCAGAGUGUUCGAAGGGAAGGACACUAUUUUUAAGACUGAACUCUAACUCUUAAGAAACCGCAUACGCGUACACCUGCGUCUUCUUGCCGGCACCACCUUGGAAACGGUGGCGGGGAGGUACGUUUGUGGAUUUCACUGCUGCUCGAAGAUAACGCGCGAGCGAGCUUGAUCGGGACGAGCCGAGACUGUGUUGUGAUUUAGCGAUGUAUCAUGACCGAGAUCGCGGCUGUGCGACUAUCGCGGGGCAGUGAAUGUUUCAGGAUUGUUUCCGUUGAUGUUGUUUAAAUUUGACGUCACCAGAGUCAGAGGGAUUACGAUCCUCUAUUUUUAAGCUUAAUCUACAAUCUGCUCUUUCGGAGAUCUACAAUCUUCUGUCUCUUGUUCUCUAUCUUUUUCUGGCUCAAAGCUUGAUCUACAAUGUACUCUUUGCUUCCUGCUUCUUGCUUCUCUGUCUUUUCUGGUCAAGGACUUAAGAUUUAAGCCAGAAAGGAAUAAAGAGAAGGGAACGAGAAGCAGAUUGCAGAUUUGGACUAAGGUUCAAGGUUCGAGUCAGAAAGAGAUAAAGAAACAGCAAGCAAAGAACACAUUGUGUAGGUCAGGCUUUACAUUCUGCAUAAUCCGACGAAACGUUUCCUUUUUCCUCUGUUUUUUCUUUCUUUCCCUUUUACAACGAUUGUUGCGACAACGGAAACGAAUCUUAGUGCAAUGACCUUAUUAGCGGAACUCUUAUUAAUUUGUGUACAUAUUUAUAUAGGAAGGUUUUACAUGUAACAAUUCCGCACACGGCUUACAUAGCAACGCGAAGUAUAUACAAAUGUAUAUAUAUAUAUAUACACACACACACACACAUACACACAUAUGAUCUUUUAUCCAACGGGCGCGAGUUCCCCUUGACUUUUUAACAAUCAGAUUUUAGAAGUACGAUGGAGUUUAUCGAGAAGUAAACUUGCCGACUUGUUGGCACAAUUUAUCCGCACGUGCAUAUUGUUACUGAUCAACGUUUAAGGAAUCGUCAUCGUGAGAAUUCAAAACGUGCUGAAUCGCACAUGUUAUAUUGUCAUAUUACAUAUACCGAGACAUGUACACAUACACACACACACGCACACAACAAACAUACAUACAACGAUCACGCUACUGUUUCGUAAUCAAUAUCACGUUAAUUGUACAUCGAUACUGAUUCGAUAUUUAUCCAACGAGAAAGAUCUUGUACAGAGUAUUGUAAAAUAUAUUUUUAUCGCUUUCCUCUCUAUCUA